AUGGCAGAACCAAAAUCACAAGAAAUACAGUCAGUCACAUUAAAAACAUCCGAUGAUGUUCUUUUUGAGGUUAAAAUUAACGUUGUGAAAGAGAUGAAAACUAUACAAUCAUUCAUUGAUGAUUCUGAAGAUAUCGCAACAAUUCCUCUAGCCAAUGUAUUGAGUCAACAUCUUGCUAUGAUCAUUGAGUACUGCAAGAAACACGUAUCAGAAGAAGAGACUGAUAAUGCAAAAGACAAGUUUGACGUUGAAUUCACUAAGGAAUUGAACAGUGAUGACAUGAAGCUUCUCCUUCUUGCUGCAAAUUAUCUAAAUAUAAAAAGUCUUAUGGAUUUGCUUGCUCGUACCAUUGCGGAUCAUAUCAAAAACAAGAGCGUAGAGUUUGUGCGUGAAUUUUUUAAUAUUGAAAACGAUUACGAGCCGGAGGAAGAAGCCAAACUCCGUGAAGAAGUUGCAUGGGCUUUUGAAAAUAUAGAUGAAAAUUAA